AUGGCUAAGCAGGCUCUGCUGUCUGCUAUCAAGCUGAAUGGCUACCCUCGCCUCCGGGGCCCGGCGAUGGUCCCAGGAGGCUGCAGAAAACUCCUCCAAGCCUGUGUGGAUUCCUACAAGGCCUCAACUUGUACCUAUGGCUGCAGACAAUCCACUACUCCAGCCUCAGAUAGCAGUAGUCCCAAGCAGCAUGCUGAAGAUAAGGAAUGGAAGGAGAAAGAGACAAAGGAGAAACAGUCAAGAGAUGACCUGGGGAUGGUGAAGAAGCCUUGCCAUGCUAGCAGUCAUCUGUGGUGCAAUGGUGCAGGUUGCCGUGGACAAAGCCAAGGAAGCUUCCUGCUGACCCGGAGGCGCUUUCAGAUCCGGAAGAACUGGCGGGAGCUGCGUGUCCAGAAAGCGGGGACACAGAGGAGCCGGGUGGACAGCUCACGGGCAUCACUGGACCCCGUGGAGGCCCCGCACACUGACCGCCCGCCCAGCACCGCCAGUCAGAGCCCAUUCCCCUGUGAGCACCACCGGAAUUUGCCCAUCCAAAGGGCCCUCCCUGGUGAGACUCACUGCCCUGGUUCCCCAGCGGCUAAAGGGGCCCAGAGCGCCUCAGUGCUGUUUGCUGGGCCUCCUCCUCCAUUCCCCCUUUCCUUUGUCUCCACAGCAUCUGCAGCGCUGGGAGUGGAUGUGAGCCUGAAGCCUGGUGCCUCCCUGACUCCUUUCAUGGCCCAGCCAUGUCCCCCGCCCUCUACUGGCCUCGCACACCAGCCCCCUGGGGAGCAGCACCUGCCGCCCCCCAGGACCCCGUCAUUCCCUCCUGGCCGCCCCCUGGUGCUGCCGGCUUGGCCCAGGACACCUCUGGUGGCAGGAGAUGCUGGUCAAGGCCCCGUUGGGACUGGGGCUUACAACAUCAUGGCCCAGGUCAGCUCAGAAGGGAGGCGACCACAGCCCUCCCAGACUCAGACCAUUGUCCUGACCCAGGCCCCCCUCUAUGGGAGCGCUCCAGGUGCCACCUGUGGGGGUGCUGUGUGUCCUGCACCCCUCUUCUUGGAAGCCACUGCGGUGGAGAACAUUAUGCCUGCCACGGCUUUUGGGGGCACCCAGGCCGGCGAUGGAGGCUGGUGUCCCAGCCUUCCUCCUCAAGCUCCACCACCAGCUGCCCAGCUGAUCCCCAUUGUCCCCCGAGUGGACCCUGGAACACAGCCACACGGGGCUGCCAGGGAGGGUGGCCUGGCCGCCUCCCAGUCCAAGGCCUCGCUGGACGCCUCUGAACCCAAGAGUGUGUACGAGGACUUCCUUCGUUGGCGGAGCUUCAAGGCCCUGGCCCGGGGGCACCUUCCCCAGAGUCCUGAUGUGGACGCUCUUUGCUGCUUCCUCAUGCCAGAGCUCCGGCCCCUGUCCCGCCUGAAGCCCACCAUGUCGCUGGCAGAGGGAGUAGGGCGGGCCAUGCAGGAAUGGCAGCGCAAGAGCCACUGUGACCGGAGGCUCUAUUUCGAGAUGGCAGAAAAGUUCAUGGCGUUUGAGGCGGAGGAGCAGAUGCAGGCUCAGAAGUUGCAGUUGGAGAAGGGGGCGCGGACCCAGCCUCCUCCUGCCCCACCGAGACCUGGUCCUCGGGGGCUCCCAGCCCCAGUGGUGGGGGCACAGCCAGCGCCCACUCCCAGGAAGGCUGUACCCAGCGCCCAGCGCGCCCACACCGCCCAGCCGCCCUGGGAGACCGAGUCACACGACGGGAUCCCCCCUGAGGCCGAGCAGGAGGACAUGGACCUCACGGAGGCGCUGCCCAUGGGGGCGCCCGGCGGAGGAUGGGCAGAGGAAGUGAAGGAGUGGCUGCAGGAUGAGGGUCUCCUGAGCUACCUGGACCAGCUGUGCUCCCAGGAAGACUUUGUCACCCAGGUGGAGGAGGUCAUUGACCCCCAGUUCCUGAACCAACUGAAUUCCCCAGACGCCCAGCUGGACCCCUUGGCCCUCGCUGAGGAGUUGGAGCAGGAAGAAGGGCUCACUGCUGCCCAGCUGGCAGAGAAGAGAUUCCUGGCCUCCGAGGAGGGGGGCGUGCAGGCACCCCCGAGUCUCAGUGCUCCCCUGUGGGGCUCACGUCCUUCUGAGCCUGGGAGCAGCCAAGAUGCCCGGAGGUGUGACCAGGGGCCCCAGCUGGGGGUCCGUGGCACAGCCUGCCCGCCAGAGACUGGCUUCCAGGACCCUCAGAGGCGCGGCCCAGCAGACACCCCCCGCUCCCGGCCCCCGGCUGGUGCUGUCUCUUCCGGGCGUGAGGAGCACCCACCGCUCCGGGCUGGAUGCCCCCCCGCUGCUGCCCAGGGCCACGGGCCUGCGGACUCUGCACGGGCACCCAGGGCCGCCUGCGUCCCCGGAGAGGCCUCUGUGGUCAGGGAGAAGCUGGGGCCAGCGGCCAGGCCCCGUGAGGACGAGGAGGACCUCCCCAGCCUGGGCUUCCUCUGGGCCUCCCCCCGCCGUCUGCUGCCCUGCGCGCUCUCUCUGAGCCCUGGCCCUGCCUCGGGCCCGGCCUGCCCUGGAGGCCGGGGGCCCCGGGGCGCUGCCCAGGCCUGGUCCUUGCAGAGAGGAGGCCUCAGCCGCGCUUCCCCUGCAGCUUGCCAGCCUCAGAAGCGCGCUCUGGGGGGCGGCCCCGCCCAUGCGGAGAAGAUCCCCCGCCCAGGGCCCGACCUCGGGGUCUGGGGGAGGCCAGCACUGGCCGGGCCGGUUCCCUCCUCACAGCCUCACAAGAGAAAGCGUGAGCCCUCUGACCCAGGGAGCUGGAGGAAGCGGCACUGCAGCCAGAAUGGAGCAGAGGGGAGUGCCCCCCACUGCCCGCGCCCCGAGGGGCCCAGACCUGAUGGGACCUGGCUGUCCCCCAGAGGAGCCACGGGCUCCUUCUCAUGGCAGGGCUGAUCCUGCUGGUCCCCUGACC